UAAUCCCAUCUCCUUUUUCCACUACUUUUCAAUAGCCAUCCUCACAACCUCUGCUCUGCCCCCUCUACCUGAUACUUCUGUCAACCUCUGCUCUCCACUAAUCAUGCAUAAUUUUCAAAUCCCUAAUCAGCUAUAAAUUGCUUCUUUUUUAGAGUUUGAUUUAUGCUGGAUGCAGAAACAUGGCAUGGACAUAUUGCACCUAAGGUUAGAUGAGUGUUUGUAGAAACAUCGGCCCAACGGCGACAUGUCAGCAAGCUUGCACAGUGCUCUCAGUCACCUAGCAACCCUUAAACUCACAGAACAGGCUUUCAUGGACUCAAUCUUCCUCCUCGGCCAAGCACACCGUGCCGCCUUUCUCCAACAUAUGACACAGUCCUUUGGAUGUAGUUACAUUUGUCUCUGGUCUAAUUUGCCCCUACCAUCCAACUGCUUGCUGUUUUUGGAUGGAAUCUACCAAGAAGAAAGCAGCCAGCAGCCAGGGCCGUCGUCUGGAAGCCUGGUCAGACGGCUUUUCAAUGCAUAUUGUGAAUCAGUGAACUAUGUUGACGAUCAAGGGCGAGUGCCGGGCUUUGCUUUCAAGAACAAUAUCCCUUACAUGGAGGUGAAGUUACACGGCCUUGAGAGGCGGUUGUCGAGUGAAAUGCAGAUGCAGUUCUAUCAGGAAGCUGGGAUUAAGACUGUCGUGUUCAUGGGGUGCGCCUCGGGAGAGAUUGAGCUAGGUAUAUCAAGUGAGCCUCGGGUAGACUUGGAAAUGGAGCUAAAAAGCUGGUUCCCUGUCGAUUUCUCUAGACAAAAAGCUCCCACAGAACUCCCUCAGCCCACCAGCCAAGACCGGCCCUCAACAUCGUCUUCAUUGCUAAGGUCGUUAUCGGUUGACAGCAGCGAAUACUCACUUCUAUUCAAUGUACAAACCUCGUCGUUCAUCACAAAGACCCCACAAGCAGUACCGGCACUGAUCAGCACUAGUCCACACCAUCAUUCGCAAGCCGAAAACGCCUUAAGCCAAAUCCGCAACAUCCAAUUCCCAACAAUAGAGAGCGAAAAUGCUGCAAUGACGAAAGCCAUUCUUGCUGUCUUAUCUUCUCCCUCCACUUCCUCCUCUUCCAACACAAACUUGCCUCCUGUUAGCCCUGCAGGCGACCAUGGGCCGGCUGCAUUUAGACGUUACCGAUCAGGUCUAGCGCCCGUUGCAGCAACAUCUCAGAAGCACAACAUGUUUAAAAGAUCGAUAUCAUUCUUCAGAAACUUAAACAUGAGAAGAAGACAGGAAUUCCUGAUUCAGGACCGGCCAACAUCGACACAGAUGCACCACAUGAUAUCAGAGAGAAGACGACGAGAGAAGCUGAACGAAAGCUUCCAAGUUCUGCGAUCAUUACUCCCUCCAGGAUCAAAGGAUAAGGCAUCAGUUCUAAGCAGCACAACUGAGUACAUAAGUUCACUGAAAUCCCAAGUGGAGGAACUCAGCAAGAGAAAUCAGGAACUGCAAUCUGAGCUCUCGACGACCGCCCGAAAAGAAGGUGGCGGGGAAGAAGUAGGGUGGCUGUCUUCUUCAAGUGAAACGGUGAGUGUAGAGAUUGCACAGGUUUCAUCAGCAUCAGCAUCAACCUUAGAAGAAGCAAGAUUCUUGGACUUGAGAGUGAGGUUAAGAUCAGGAGAAUGCAGCUUGCUGGAUUUGGUUAUUCGGGUUCUAGAGUUCUUGAAUCAGCAUAGCAAUCUCAGGUUGUUGUCUGUGCAAUCCAACACCAGGCUGGUGGAAUCAGUUCCUGUUCAUGGGCUAGUUUUGAGGUUGAGAGUCAAGGGAGACGAAUUUGAGGAGCGUGGUUUCCAAGAAGCUGUGAGGAGAGUUGUUGAUCACCUACCACAUUCACACUAACACCAACCACAUGUACACCAUUUAUAUAUAUUUUCGGAUAAAAUAACAACUAUUUAUCAUAAUUAUAAAUAUUUUUUAUUAUUUAAAAAAUUAU